GUCUGCAUAAAAGUAUAUUUGAGCGUUUGAUUAAAAAGCUCAACUAACUGUACAUGCCUGGUGUUCGUCUGAGUUCGGAGAGUAAUUUUCAAGUUAAAUGACAUCUGUGCAGCGUUUUUAUGCGAUGGUACUGCCGCCAUAUUGAGUGCGAAAGCACCUGCAAAAAAAGGAGAGACUGAACUGACAAGAGAUCGGGGUUGGAAGGAAGAGUAGAGGGGGGCUGCCGUUACUGGUGACGCAGGAAAACACUCAAAAAUAUAUCAAAGGAACUGUGAUAACCUUAACAGUGUAUGACAUUCGAAGACGCAUAUGUGACACAUUGAAUGGAGUAAACAUUUGCAUUGACUAUAUUUAACUGUUGGAAAAGUGGACGAGUUCUGACCAGAAGAAGAGGUCCUAUCUAUCUCAUUCCUGGUUAUGCAAUGGUCUCUGUAAGACACCUUCAGGUGGUUCUUUCGCUUUCACGCAUAUGCUGGUUCUUUGUCAUUGCUGAGGAGGCAGUGAUUUCUUCCCGUGCACCAGCAACAUAAGUGGACAAGAUUGCAAAGAUCUGCCCUGUGUCGAGCAUGACGGCCACGACCCGUGGCUCUCCCGUGGGAGGGAAUGACAGCCAGGGCCAGGGCCAGGCUCCGGACGGCCAGUCCCAGCCCCCACUCCCCCAGAAUCAGACGUCCUCUCCGAACUCCUCCAAUGAAAACUCCCCAGUGAGCCCACCGGAAGAACAAGGCCAAGGGGACUGCCAGGCACAGCUGGAGGAGGAGGAGGAACCAGCCUUCCCCCAUGCUGACCUGGCCAAAUUAGAUGAUAUGAUUAACAGACCCCGCUGGGUUGUUCCAGUUUUGCCAAAGGGUGAAUUAGAAGUUCUUCUUGAAGCUGCUAUAGAUCUCUGUAAAAAAGGACUUGACGUGAAGUGUGAGGCAUGCCAGAGGUUUUUCCGAGAUGGCUUGACAAUAUCCUUUACGAAAAUACUGACAGACGAGGCUGUUAGUGGAUGGAAAUUUGAGAUUCAUAGGUGCAUUAUCAAUAACACCCACCGUUUGAUCGAGCUGUGUGUGGCAAAGCUCUCUCAGGACUGGUUCCCUCUUCUUGAGCUGCUGGCCAUGGCCACAAACCCCCACUGUAAGUUUCACAUCUACAACGGUACCCGGCCCUCUGAGACGGUGCCUGCCGGGGUGCAGCUGGCUGAGGAUGAGCUGUUUGCCCGUCCUCCAGACCCUCGUUCUCCCAAGGGAUGGUUGGUGGAUUUAAUAAACAAAUUCGGCACAUUAAAUGGGUUUCAAAUUCUGCACGAUCGAUUCAUGAGUGGCCAGGCUCUGAACGUUCAGAUCAUUGCUGCCCUCAUCAAGCCUUUUGGGCAGUGCUACGAGUUUCUCACUUUGCACACGGUGAAGAAGUACUUACUUCCCAUAAUAGAAAUGGUUCCGCAAUUUCUAGAAAAUCUCACAGAUGAGGAGUUGAAAAAGGAAGCCAAGAACGAAGCCAAAAAUGAUGCUCUGUCUAUGAUAAUCAAAUCGCUGAAGAACCUUGCUUCACGAGUACCAGGGCAAGAGGAAACCGUGAAGAACUUAGAGAUUUUUAGGUUAAAAAUGAUUCUUAGGUUAUUGCAAAUUUCUUCUUUUAAUGGUAAAAUGAAUGCACUAAAUGAAGUCAACAAGGUGAUCUCCAGUGUUUCCUACUACACACAUCGUCAUGGAAACCCCGAAGAGGAAGAGUGGCUUACCGCAGAACGCAUGGCCGAGUGGAUUCAGCAGAACAACAUUUUGUCCAUUGUGCUUCGAGACAGCCUUCACCAGCCACAGUAUGUGGAAAAACUGGAGAAAAUCCUCCGCUUUGUAAUCAAGGAGAAGGCUCUUACUCUUCAGGACCUGGACAACAUUUGGGCAGCUCAGGCUGGGAAGCAUGAAGCUAUUGUGAAGAAUGUUCAUGACCUCUUGGCAAAGCUUGCUUGGGAUUUCUCGCCAGAGCAGUUGGACCACCUCUUUGACUGCUUUAAGGCAAGUUGGACCAACGCGAGCAAAAAGCAACGGGAGAAGCUGUUGGAGCUGAUUCGUCGGCUGGCUGAGGAUGACAAAGAUGGCGUGAUGGCUCACAAAGUGCUGAAUCUGUUGUGGAACCUUGCCCACAGCGAUGAUGUUCCCGUAGAUAUUAUGGACCAGGCUCUGAGCGCGCAUAUCAAGAUCCUGGAUUACAGCUGCUCCCAGGACCGAGAUACCCAGAAGAUUCAGUGGAUUGAUCGUUUUAUUGAAGAGUUGCGAACCAAUGAUAAGUGGGUUAUUCCUGCACUUAAACAAAUCCGAGAGAUCUGCAGCUUGUUUGGGGAGGCCCCUCAGAAUUUGAGAAAGAAAAUACCUAUUAACAUACAAAAGAGCUUAGAGGGUCAAACACAAAGAAGCCCACAUGUCUUUUAUCGACAUGACCUGAUCAACCAGCUGCAGCACAACCAUGCAUUGGUCACUCUGGUUGCUGAGAACCUCUCAGCAUACAUGGAGAGCAUGAGACAGUUCUCCAAAGAGCACACAGACUUUGACCCGCAAACUGUAAGGCCAGGAAGCCGCUAUAGUCACGUGCAGGAAGUUCAGGAGCGGCUCAACUUCUUGAGGUUUCUGCUGAAGGAUGGGCAGCUGUGGCUGUGUGCUCCUCAGGCAAAGCAGAUCUGGAAGUGCCUGGCAGAGAACGCUGUGUUCCUGUGUGACCGGGAGGCCUGCUUUAAAUGGUACUCCAAGCUAAUGGGUGAUGAGCCUGAUCUGGAUCCAGACAUCAACAAGGACUUCUUUGAGAACAAUGUUCUGCAGCUGGACCCCUCGCUGCUAACAGAAAAUGGCAUGAAAUGCUUCGAGCGCUUCUUCAAGGCGGUUAACUGCAGAGAGGGGAAGCUGGUGGCCAAACGUAGGGCUUACAUGAUGGAUGACCUGGAGUUGAUAGGACUGGAUUACCUCUGGAGGGUUGUGAUUCAAGGAAGCGAUGAUAUUGCGAGUCGAGCAAUAGAUUUGCUCAAAGAGAUUUACACAAACCUCGGACCAAAAUUACAAGUCAAUCAGGUAGAGAUCCAUGAGGAUUUCAUCCAGUCGUGCUUUGACCGGCUGAAGGCUUCCUAUGACACACUGUGUGUGCUGGAUGGAGAUAAGGACAGCAUUAACUGCGCCAGACAAGAGGCCAUCCGCAUGGUCCGGGUUCUUACAGUGCUGAGGGAGUACAUUACUGAGUGUGACAGCGACUACCAUGAGGAGAGGACAAUCUUGCCCAUGUCCCGAGCUUUUCGUGGGAAGCACAUUACGCUCAUCGUGCGUUUUCCUAACCAAGGCCGGCAGGUGGAUGACCUGGACAUUUGGUCGCACACCAAUGACACGAUUGGUUCAGUGCGACGUUGCAUUCUUACGCGAAUAAAGGCUAACAGCUCACACACCAAGAUUGAACUCUUUAUCGGCGGAGAACUCAUUGAUCCCGCUGAUGACAGGAAGCUGAUUGGUCAGCUCAACCUCAAAGACAAAACUCUCAUUACAGCUAAGCUGACCCAAGUCAGCGCCAAUAUGCCUUCAAGCCCUGACAGCUCCUCUGACUCUUCUACUGGCUCCCCUGGAAACCAUGGCAACCACUACAGUGAUGGGCCCAACCCUGAAGUUGAGAGCUGUCUUCCUGGAGUGAUAAUGUCACAACACCUCCGCUACAUCUCCUUCCUGUGGCAAGUGGCAGAUCUGGGCUGUAAUCUUAAUAUGCCUCUCCUUCGAGACGGUGCUCGUUUCCUAAUGAAACUCAUGCCUCCAGAUAACACUACAGUGGAGAGCCUGCGUGCCACCUGCCUGGAUCACGCCAAACUGGGAGAGAACAGCCUUAGUCCCACCCUGGAUGCACGCUUCUUUGGCCCCUCACCCUCACAAGUGCUGUACUUAAUUGAGGUGGUAUAUGCUUUGCUGAUGCCAGCCAGUGGUACACUGGGAGAAGAUGCCUGUGAUUUCCAGUACAACUUUUUAAAGAGUGGCGGUCUGCCGUUGGUACUGAGCAUGCUCACCCGGAAUAACUUCCUGCCAAACGCUGACAUGGAGACACGGCGGGGGGCCUAUCUCAACGCGCUUAAAAUAGCGAAACUCCUGCUCACGGCAGUUGGCUUUGGCCAUGUGAAGGCUGUGGCUGAGGCCUGCCAGCCCGUGGUGGAGGGAACAAUCCCUGUGUCACCUAUAAACCAGGCCACUCAUGACCAGGCCCUGGUGCUACAGAGUGCCUUGCAGAACAUACCCAAUCCCUCAGCUGAAUGCAUGCUGCGAAAUGUAGCAAUUCGUCUGGCCCAGCAGAUUUCAGAUGAGAACUUCUUUCAGGCUUCUAAAUACAUCCCAGACAUCAGUGUAAUUAGAGCAGUACAGAAGAUCGUCUGGGCGUCUGGAUGUGGCAGCAUCCAGCUAGUCUUCAGCUCCAAUGAAGAGAUUAGCAAGAUCUAUGAGAAGACCAACGCUGGAAAUGAGCCAGAUGUGGAAGACGAGCAGGUGUGCUGUGAAGCUCUGGAGGUCAUGACCAUGUGUUUUGCCCUUAUACCCACCGCACUAGACGCACUUAGCAAAGAGAAGGCCUGGCAGACCUUCAUCAUAGAUCUGCUUCUGCACUGUCAGAGCAAAACUGUUCGCCAAAUGGCCCAAGAACAGUUCUUCCUCAUGGCUACCAGAUGUUGCAUGGGUCACAGACCUCUUCUCUUCUUUAUUACCCUCCUUUUCACAGUUUUAGGUAGCACUGCAAAAGAGCGGGCAAAGCACGCUGGCGAUUACUUCACCCUCCUAAGGCACUUACUCAACUACGCAUACAACAGCAACAUUAACCUCCCCAACGCAGAAGUCCUUCUCAACAAUGAGAUUGACUGGUUGAAACGUAUCAGGGAUGAAGUGAAGAGGACAGGCGAGACCGGGGUGGAAGAGACCAUUCUGGAAGGCCAUAUUGGUGUCACUAAGGAACUGCUGGCCUUCCAGACCCCAGAGAAGAAGUAUUAUAUCGGCUGUGAGAAGGGUGGCGCCAACCUUAUAAAGGAGCUGAUAGACGACUUCAUUUUCCCAGCAUCAAACGUGUACCUGCAGUACAUGAAGACCGGGGAGUUCCCCACUGAGCAGGCCAUCCCCGUGUGUAGCACUCCUGCCACCAUCAAUGCUGGCUUUGAGCUUUUGGUUGCACUUGCAGUGGGUUGUGUGAGCAAUCUCAAGCAGAUUGUUGACACACUAACAGACAUGUAUUACAUAGGUUGUGAGGCACUUACAGAGUGGGAGUACUUGCCGCCGGUUGGUCCCCGGCCAACUAAAGGUUUUGUCGGUCUGAAGAAUGCUGGGGCGACCUGCUAUAUGAACUCAGUCAUCCAACAGCUCUACAUGAUCCCACCGAUCAGGAACGGCAUUCUGGCUAUAGAAGGCACGGGCAGUGAUGUAGACGAUGACAUGUCUGGGGAUGAGAAACAGGAUAAUGAGAGCAAUGUGGACCCAAGAGAUGAUGUUUUCAGCUAUCACCAUCAGUUUGAUGACAAGCCAUCUCUCAGCAAAUCGGAGGACAGGAAGGAGUACAACAUAGGCGUUCUGCGCCACCUGCAGGUCAUCUUUGGACACCUGGCUGCAUCCAGGUUGCAGUAUUACGUGCCUAGGGGGUUCUGGAAACAGUUCCGGUUAUGGGGGGAGCCGGUGAAUCUCAGAGAGCAGCACGAUGCUCUUGAGUUCUUUAACUCUCUGGUCGAUAGUCUUGAUGAAGCUCUCAAAGCGCUUGGCCAUCCUGCCAUGCUGAGCAAGGUGCUAGGAGGAUCCUUUGCUGAUCAGAAGAUAUGCCAGGGCUGUCCUCACAGAUACGAGUGUGAGGAGUCAUUCACCACACUGAAUGUAGAUAUCAGAAACCACCAGAAUCUCUUGGAUUCCAUGGAACAGUACGUGAAGGGAGACUUGCUAGAAGGUGCAAAUGCUUACCACUGUGAAAAGUGCAACAAAAAGGUGGAUACGGUGAAGCGCUUACUCAUUAAAAAGCUUCCUCCAGUACUGGCCAUCCAGCUGAAACGCUUUGACUAUGACUGGGAGCGAGAAUGUGCUAUCAAGUUCAAUGACUAUUUUGAGUUCCCUCGGGAGCUGGACAUGGAGCCUUACACAGUGGCUGGGGUAGCAAAACUAGAGGGUUCUGAUGUGCACUCAGAGAAUCAGAUGAUCCAGCAGAAUGAACCGUCAGACCCAGAGCCUCCAGGCACCUCUCGCUACAGGUUGGUGGGAGUGCUGGUGCAUUCAGGCCAGGCUAGCGGUGGUCACUACUACUCCUAUAUCAUCCAGAGGAAUGGUAGUGGAGGCGAAGGUGAGAGGAAUCGCUGGUACAAGUUUGACGACGGUGACGUGACGGAGUGCAAGAUGGACGAUGACGAGGAAAUGAAAAACCAGUGUUUUGGCGGCGAAUACAUGGGCGAGGUGUUCGACCACAUGAUGAAGCGCAUGUCCUACCGAAGGCAGAAACGUUGGUGGAAUGCCUAUAUCCUCUUCUACGAGCGCAUGGACUCACUGGAUAAGGAUAGCGAGUUGGUCAAGUACAUCUCGGAGCUGAGCGUCAGCAGCAAGCCCCACCAGCUGAAGAUGCCCUCGGCCAUCGAGUGCAGUGUACGCAAGCAAAACGUGCAGUUCAUGCACAACCGCAUGCAAUACAGCCUGGAGUACUUCCAGUUCAUCAAGAAACUGCUGACCUGCAACAGUGUCUAUCUGAACCCUCCUCCAGGCCAAGACCAUCUUUUGCCUGAAGCUGAAGAAAUGGCUAUGAUUAGUAUUCAGCUGGCUGCAAGGUUCCUCUUCAGCACUGGCUUCCACACUAAGAAAAUAGUGCGCGGUCCUGCCAGUGACUGGUAUGAUGCCCUGUGUAUCCUGCUGAGACACAGCAAGAAUGUACGCUACUGGUUUGCACAUAACGUCCUGUUUGCCUACCCAAAUCGCUUCUCUGAGUAUCUGCUGGAGUGCCCCAGCGCUGAGGUCAGAGGGGCUUUUGCUAAACUCAUAGUAUUUAUUGCACAUUUCUCCCUGCAAGAUGGACCAUGCCCUUCACCGACUGCCUCUCCAGGACCUUCCAGUCAGGCCUGUGAUAAUCUGAGCCUAAGUGACCAUCUGUUCCGUGCCGUUCUCAACCUGCUGCGGAGAGAAGUGUCUGAGCACGGCCGUCACCUGCAGCAGUACUUUAACCUGUUCGUCAUGUACGCCAACCUGGGCUUGGCAGAGAAGACGCAACUGUUGAAGCUGAACGUGCCAGCCACCUUCAUGCUGGUGGCCCUGGACGAGGGUCCUGGACCGGCCAUUAAGUACCAGUACGCCGAACUGGGCAAACUGUACACGGUGGUAUCACAACUGGUGCGCUGCUGUGACGUGACUUCACGCAUGCAGUCCUCGAUCAACGGUAAUCCACCUCUCCCCAACCCAUACGGUGACCCCAGCCUCUCACAGCCCAUCAUGCCUCUCCAGCAGAUGGUGGCAGAGAUCUUGUUUGUGCGAACCAGCUAUGUGAAGAAAAUCAUUGAGGACUGUAGCAAUUCUGAGGAGACCAUCAAACUGUUGCGCUUCAGCUGCUGGGAGAACCCCCAGUUUUCCUCCACUGUGCUCAGUGAGCUACUCUGGCAGGUGGCGUAUUCCUACACAUAUGAGCUUAGGCCUUACCUGGACUUGCUGCUGCAGAUUUUACUCAUUGAGGACUCCUGGCAGACUCAUAGGAUCCACAAUGUACUGAAGGGUAUCCCUGAUGACAGAGAUGGGCUGUUUGAUACCAUCCAGCGCUCUAAAAACCACUAUCAGAAAAGGGCAUAUCAGUGCAUCAAAUGCAUGGUAGCUUUGUUCAGCAACUGUUCAGUGGCCUACCAGAUCCUCCAGAGUAACGGGGAUCUAAAGAGGAAGUGGACAUGGGCGGUAGAGUGGCUUGGGGAUGAGCUUGAACGUCGGCCGUACGCAGGCAAUGCCCAGUACACUUACAACAACUGGUCUCCUCCUGUCCAGAGCAACGAGACGUCCAACGGUUAUUUCCUGGAGCGCUCACACAGUGCACGCAUGACGCUCGCCAAAGCUUGCGAGCUUUGUCCAGAGGAGUGUCACUUAACGAAGCAUGAAGUGGUGUCUGAAGAGGACGCUGGCCGGAAACCGUCCUCGCCACAGCAGCUUUUGCCAGGGGAAGUGACAGGCCCGCAGCAGCACACUGAACCAGAUGACCAGGAGGCUCCUGAUGAACAGGACUCCUCUCCCCCUGAGGACACUUCUCUGUACCCCCACUCUCCAGGGACACAGUAUCAGCAGCAGAACAACCUCCCUCAUGGUCAACCGUACACAGGUCCUGCAGCACAGCAUAUGAACAACCCUCAACGCCCAGGCCCACGAGCACAAGAGAACUGGGAACCCCCUGAAGAGGUCACCCCAGUCCAGCCCAAAGAGUAAUGACGACACACUCACCUGGUCCUCCAUCUGAUCUCUCCAGCGAGACAAAGGAAGAGCAAGGCCAGGCCCCAUCACGCAGCUCCACUCCAGGCCCUGAUUAUCCACAGCUCAGAUCUUUGUAUUUUUAACCCUGGAAUGGAGCGUCUAUCCACUGUCUGUUCUGCAGUAUUAACUGUCACAAAUUUAACCUGCCUGCAGUGGACCAUGUAUAGUGCUGUAAUCAACUAGGCCUGAUGCACUAGUCUAGUAUGACAACAGUGUACAUAGUAUGUUAAUGUUUUGACUGUUCCAAAUCAACAGCAUAAAAGUGCUGUUUGGAUACUUGCAGAUCUAUGAAAAACAAAUACAAAAAUGUGCAAAAAGUACAAAAAAAAAAAAAAAAAGUCUCCCUUUGUUUGAUCACCUGUGCUCAGCAGUGAGGUUUGGCCUGCCUUUGGGCAGACUGAGUCACUCAGCUUUAGAUCCUGCAUUAAUCCAUGUGAACGUCUGACCAAGCCAUGCCAACCCUGGAGCUAAGAGAUGCUUGGUUGCAUGGGAGUAUUACAGUGGCUGAAUGAUCUUAGUGGUUUUUGGUUGAUGUGAAAGUGGUGAUGCAAAAUUGUUCUGGAAAGUUUUCAUUGCCUUUAAUUUGUUCUGGAAUUAAUUGUCAUUUGACAGCUCUAGUUGAAAUGCUAAAAGAUUUAGCAUGGCUUCACACCAAACUAGUGUAGCCGCAGGGAAAAUCUGUGAUUACAGCUGUAGUUCUUAAUCCACAGCUACGUUGAAGAGCCUUCUUUUUUUUUGUUUGUUUUUUUUUUUUUUUUAAUCUAAGAAAUAAGUGGCUUUCUCAAUUGCACAUAUAAUCCUCAGACUUCACAUUUGGCAGAAUUUUUUUCCCUUUUCUUUUGUUUUCUUUUUUUUGGUGGGAUAAAAGCUUAGUUUUUGAUUAUAGGAAUUUUCAAAAAAAAUUAAAAAAGAAGAAAACGUAUAUGCAACAAUUUGCUAUGCCAGGAUGCCUGGAGCAUAAGUGGACUGUACUCGGUUUGCCUCUGUGUCUUGCCUUGGUCGAGCCUCGUGUUUUAACAAACUGUAAAAACAAUGUUCUCAUGGCUAUAGUCAGCCGACUUCAGAUGCUCCCAGUUCACAUUUGCUUACUCUACUUGAACACAGGCUCUGUCUGAGGACUGUUCAUCCAAGGCAAAUGGACAUGAAGCAGGGUUGUACCAUAAAGUAACUGCUGGUUAGUCAUGUUGCAACUUGAGCUAAGGAAAAAUGUAAUUCUUUAGGAGUAAAGGCAAACAUCAGUAAAUACUGUAUUUAAUUGGUAACUUGAAUGCUUGUAUUUUUUUGGAUUUUUGUCUAAAAAUACCAAAUACUCCUAUGAAUGAAAAUAUUCUGCCCACCAUAUUAUAUUUAAAUAUUUGCUGUUUUAUUUUAUAGAAUUUAUUUUGUUCACUAAAAGACAAAUAGAAUUUGAUUUAAGAGGAACAUUUUUGUCCUUGUGUUAUUUUUAAAGAAGAUAUUGACUGUACAGAGUUCUUCGCCCUGUUUUUUGCCGACUUUUGUUUUGGCCAUGGUGUGACGUUGAAAUCUGGAGCUGCAGUCGCGAUGUGAACUUUGACUUUGUGAGUUUUUUUGUGCACAGAAAU